UUGGACAAGCCAGAGGGCCUCUAUCCUCUUUAUCUUAAUCCUAGGACCGGUAAAUGGUGUUCAUUCGACCACUCAUUGGGUGCCUUGGGUGAUAGUUUUUAUGAAUAUUUGCUCAAACAUUGGCUGAUAACUAGCAAAAAGGAUGAGCACACUAAAAGAGAGUACGAUUCUGCUGUCUUUGCUAUGGAAAAGAAGAUGCUGUAUGAAAGUCAAAGGAACCAUCUAUGGUAUUUUGCAAAUAUCCGAGGAAAAAGAGUGGAACACAAGAUGGAGCAUCUUGCCUGUUUUUCUGGCGGUAUGUUUGCUCUCCAGUCUGCCAAUGAAAAGAAUGCUACUGUGGCUGCUCACUACAUAGACCUUGCAGAAAAGAUCGCUCAUACGUGUCACGAAUCCUAUAUACGUACAGCUGUUGGAAUUGGUCCUGAGGCAUUCCGAUUCACCAGUGACAUUGAGGCCCAGGCUGUAUCGCCCAGUGAGAAAUACUACAUUCUACGACCAGAGUUCUUAUGUGAAGCUUGGUAA